GGAUUGAAGCUGGGGCGGCGAGUCGCGGCCUCAUUUCGCCCGCGUCUCCGCGGUUACCUGUGCCUGGAGGUGAUUUGAAGGGCAGGGGGCGGAGUGAUUCACGGCGCCGCCCGGGAGCCUACCAGACCGACCUGCAGGCCGCACUCUGCAGCCCGCGCAUCUUGCACCCGGAUAGCGGUCCCGGCGGGAAGGCCGGCCCAGGUGGACCCGUUUCGGGCCUCUGCGCCCGGGCGGGCAAGAUGGCCACGCCCCCGGCGGAGACGGCGCCUCGGGGACACCGUCGGGGACCGAGGACCAGCUUUCUCCACGGCCUCUACCAUUCCCACCCCUUUGGCCCCUCUCCACUGCAACCACUUCUCCACCUUUGCCUCUUCUUUGGUCUCCCCCACCCCCAUGCCUUCCCACACGGCUGCUUCCCAGAGCUCCCCCACUACCUCUCCCUCAGGUCCAAGCCCUCACCUCACCAUGGGUGGUUCUCCCCCCAGGAAUGGGGGAGGAGGGACCAGGACCUGAGUUACAUAGUGGCUGUCUGGAUGGGCUUCGGAGCCUAUUUGAGGGACCUCCCUGGCCCUGUCCUGGGGCUUUGAUACCUUUCCAAGCCCCUGGGACUGCCCACCCUUCCCCUGCCACUCCAUCAGGAGAUCCGAGUAUGGAGGAGCACUUAGCUGUCAUGUAUGAGAGACUGAGACAAGAGCUUCCCAAUCUCUUCCUUCACUCCCACGACUACACUCUCUACUCAUCGGAUGUGGAAUUCAUCAAUGAGAUCCUGAACAUACGUACCAAGGGCCGGACAUGGUAUAUUCUGUCACUGACCCUCUGCCGCUUCCUGGCCUGGAACUAUUUUGCACAACUUCGGCUGGAGGUUCUACAGCUGACCCGCCACCCUGAGAACUGGACCCUGCAAGCCCGCUGGCGGCUUGUGGGGCUGCCCAUCCAUCUGCUCUUUCUGCGUUUCUAUAAGCGUGAUAAGGAAGAACUUUACCGGACCUAUGAUGCCUAUUCCACCUUCUACCUGAAUUCCAAUGGCCUCAUUUGUCGCCAUCGCCUAGACAAACUGAUGCCUUCACAUUCACCCCCAACGCCUGUGAAGAAGCUGCUAGUGGGAGCCCUGGUGGCUCUGGGGCUGUCGGAGCCAGAACCCAACUUACAACUGUGUUCCAAGGACUGACCCAGGAACUGGGGUGGAGGCAGCACUUAAAGAGUUCGUUACGCACAAGAGGAGGAGGUGGAGGCGGCCAAGAACCUCAGGAGCCAGCUUCCCCCACUCUUCUCGCUCCUCCUUUCCUGUCCAUCUCAUGCUGUGUAAAGCUGCUGUGUAAUUUAAUUUGUAAAUAAUAAAAUCUAAGUGAAUAUGUGA